AUGGAUUCCUACGAGGGCUACGGCUCUCCCGGCAGAAAUCGAGAUGCAGUCGACUCUUAUGCCUCCAGGGCACCCGUGGAUUCGUAUCGCCGCAGAUCACCGGUAUCUCAGGAUCGACGUCGCGCUCGUGGACGUUCGCGCUCGCCCGUGAUGAUUGAUCGUUACGAACCCUCCGAUCGCCGUGCUUCGCGAGACGAUUACUACGCCGCCUCCCGGGAACAUGCCGGACGGGAUCGUGAGGAUCGUCGCCGUCCGCCGUCGCCGACCGUUGCCAACAUCGACCGAUAUGUGCCGGGGCAAGAUUCGGUCAAGCGCCCGAUCCCCACCAACCCGCUCCCCAACCCCUUGAACCUGGACUUCCAGGUCGGCUUCAAUUGGUUCGCGGAAUGGUGGAGGGCGGAGCAGUCGAUCAGGGAGGAAAAGGAACGCGCCAAACACGGCGGCCGUCGUCCGUCCGAUCGCGUCAAGGGAGAGCGCGAGGCUCGUGAGGACCGGGAUAGGGAACGCGCGCAGAUCCAAGCGGCAUACGAUUCAUACAAGGUGGACCUGCAGGCAAAAAUGGCCCGGUCUUUCGUCCAACACCAUCGGAAUGAGGAGUGGUUCAAAGAGCGCUAUGUUCCUGAAGUCCGGGAUCCCCUUCGUCGUCAACUGAUGGACUUCCGCAUGGGUGCCUACCAGCAAUGGGAAGCCGACCUCGAGAGCGGACUCUUCGACGAAUUCACCCUUGAGGGCAUUUACAAGAGCGAAAGCGAUGGUGCAGGUGGCGUGAUUGAGAAGGAGGAAGGCGAGGCCACGGCCGUAGGAGAAACACUGGGCGUCCUGGAUUUGCUCCCGGCCAGAGGUGGCGAUUUGCGCGACGAGGCGCUGUCCCAGUCUGCCCUCUUGAUCAAGACCUUGGCCCCGAAUGUUAGCCGGGAGAAGAUCCAGGAGUUUUGUAAGGAGCACCUGGGAGAGCAGGAUGGCGGGUUCAAAUGGCUUAGUCUUAGCGAUCCCAAUCCUUCCAAGAAGUAUCACCGGAUGGGGUGGAUCAUGCUUCAUCCUGCUCCUGAUGUCGAGGUCAUCGAGAGAGGCGACGGCAGAGAAGAAGAGGGCGAGGAAAUGGAGCAGGAUGACACGGCUAACGGAGCAGUGACUGUUACCGCCGCCGAGAAGGCUCUCGAGGCGAUCAACGAUAAGACCAUCCACGAUCCGGUUCAUGGCGACUUCACAUGCCACGUGGGAAUCCACGUCCCCCCAUCCCAGCCACGCAAGAAGGCCCUGUGGGACCUUUUCUCCUCCCCCGAGCGCAUUGCGCGCGAUCUCGAGUUGGCACAGAGGCUGGUCUCGAAGCUUGACUAUGAGAUGGGCGGACAGGCCGAUGGCUUCACCAAGAUCGAGGAGCGUGUGGAAGAACUGCGGGGCAAGGGGUGGCUCCAACCACCCGUGACGGGCCCUGUCAGCGUCAAGAAGAGAAAGACCGACUUUGAUGCCGAUGAUAUCGAUGAGGGAGAGGCUGAGGAGGGAGAGGAACAAGAGUGGGAAGAUGACGAGAAUGAUGACGAGGAGCUUCUGGCGAAGAAGAAGAAACUCGAUCUCCUGGUCGAAUACCUCCGUAGAGUCUAUAAUUUCUGUUUCUUCUGCGUCUUCGAGAGCGAUUCGGUUCACGAGCUGGCCCGCAAAUGUCCCGGUGGACAUCUGCGACGCCCACGUGCUGGCCUCACGACGCAGUCGAAGGCCGUGGCCAGAGCCAGUGCUCUUGGACAGCCGUUCCCUGUCAAGCGGAAGGAGCCCAGCGAGGAGGGCGAGGAACAGCCGGUUGUUGAGGAGAGGCGGCCACAGCGCUACGGUUCCAAGUGGGAACAACAGCUCCAGCGUGCCUUCAACUGGGUCAAGACGUUUGAGGACAAGCUCUUGCAGAUCCUUGAACCCGACAGCGUUGAUAUUGGGAAGCUGGGCGGCAAGCCCGUGGAAGACUCCUUGGAGGAGGAGUUGAGCAAGCAUGUGAAGCAGGAGGACGAGUCGAAAUUCCGAUGCAAGGUGCCCGAAUGCACAAAGCUGUUCAAGGCCGAUCACUUCUGGCGCAAGCACAUCGAGAAGCGCCACGCCGAGUGGUAUGAGACCAUCCGCAGUGAUCUCGCAUUGGUGAAUUCCUAUGUUCUGGACCCGGCUCGAAUCGCGCCGUCGCGGUCCGAUGCGAACAGCAACGGCCACUUCCCUCUCGGCUCUGGCCAAGGCCAAACCGGCACCCCGCGUGGAUUCAGCCUGGCAUCGUUGCCCCCAUACCUGGCCGGUAGCGUGCCGCCCGGCUUCUCUGGUGUUCCGGGGUCUGGCAUCCCUGGGUUCAUGGGCGCUGGGGUCCCCGGCGACGGCUCUGGCUUGCACCAGCCUGGUGUUGUGCGCCGUGGCGGUGGUCGCUAUAAUAACCGGUCUGGUCCGUACGACCGUCGUGGCAACCGGCAUGGCGCUCCCGGCAUGGGCAGCGGCCGUCUGAGCCCGCCCCGUGGCUUGCCCAGCAUGUAUGCGGGUGGCCGUCUGCCUGCCUCCGGUCCUCCCUACAUCCCUCCGGGCCACCCCGCCGCGGCGUUGAUGGGGGCCGGUGGCUUCAUUGAUUCCAUGGGCUCCGGGUCCGCCCAGCAGGGACCGCGCGAAGCCGUGCAGGGCCGCAGCCUCAAGAGCUACGAGGAUUUGGACGCCGUCGGCGGAUCCGGCAGUGGCGAGCUGAACUACUAG